ACACAAGCACGCUAAUCGCCAUUUUUGCGAAAAAUAAUACGAAAAGGUAAAAAGCGAAAAUUAAGCGCUUCUAUUUUACAAGAAAAGUACGGUAAAAUUUUAGCAGUAUAUUUAGGAAUUUACGGAAAAAUAAUUCGGAACAUAUGCACGAAAAUUUCUGACGGAGAAGUGUAUAAAUUUAUCACGUGAAAUUGUGUAAGAACUCGUAGACAAUUGCUUAAAAACGUGUGAUAAAAAAAAAAAAAAAUAGAACAGAAACUUAAACGAAAAAUUAGUUUCGCCUACUGCCAGUAACCUUGAUUUGGUUUCUUGCAUUUUCCUCUAUUAAAUAUCCGUAAAAUAAUUACAACAAAUGUCUGGAAUUGCUAUAACACGUUUGGGAGAAGAACGUAAGGCCUGGCGUAAGGAUCAUCCAUUUGGUUUCGUAGCGCGACCGGCCAAAAAUCCCGAUGGCACUUUAAAUCUUAUGAUUUGGGAAUGUGCUAUACCCGGCAAGAAGGGUACUCCAUGGGAGGGUGGUUUAUACAAAUUACGCAUGAUUUUCAAAGAUGAUUAUCCUACAUCGCCACCAAAGUGUAAAUUUGAACCACCACUAUUCCAUCCUAAUGUUUAUCCGUCGGGCACGGUAUGUUUGUCACUUUUGGAUGAAGAAAAAGAUUGGCGUCCAGCCAUAACCAUAAAACAAAUUUUACUCGGCAUACAAGAUCUACUCAAUGAACCAAACAUUAAGGAUCCCGCUCAGGCCGAAGCUUAUACAAUUUAUUGCCAGAAUCGUUUAGAAUAUGAGAAACGCGUACGUGCCCAGGCCAGAGCAAUGGCUGCUACGGAAUAGAUUUGUGAACAUCAGUAAUUUCAUCCAUAUACUUGGUACUUUAUCUACGUAUAUAUACAUUUAUUUUUUGUUCUAUUCUAUACUUUAUAUCCAAUCGCCGCUCCCCUUACAUGUUUUUUGUAGUUUUAUUAACAACUUUUUCUAAGGACUUUAAGCAAAUUCUCACAAAGAAAUUUAAAACCAUACAAAAGUAAACAAAUGAUAAGUUAA